AUGUCAACUCCUGAACACCAUCAGCACAAACGGAAAAGAGAUCACGACGACGACGAGAAAGAAGAGAAAGAAGAGAAGGAAGAGCGGGGAAGAGUGGUGGAGGAAAACAGCAACAACAACUCUUUGCUCGCGCAGUUACACAGGGAACGAAACCAGCGUCGGCCGCCGAUUGAACGAGCGACUUUGACGAGUUCGAGUUCGACGACGAUGAUGUCUAAAAACGCGAAAGUGGCGUCGUCGCUCGUCGCCAAAGCGACGACGACGACGACGACGAGAAACACAAGCGCGUGGGCAAACGUCGGUCGGUUGAGCUCGAUCGCGAAGAGUGAUCGAAACAAUAAAAAGCAGGCGGUGAACAACAGUCACAGCGACGAGGUGGAGAGAGUUUUAGAACGAGCGAAACAGUUGGAAAGGAAACAGAAGACGACGAAAGCUUCUGUGACGACGACGAGACUACUACCGAAAAUCGAGACGAAAACGGUCGAGAUGCCAACGAGAGGACGGAAGUGGACGGAAGAACCUGCCAUUCCCGAUCGCACGGCGAACAACGAGGAGGAAGUAAGGAUUCUCUCGUAUAACAUUUGGUUCGAUAACCAAGCGGCGCAGAUGGCGAGGACGGAGUAUUUAGGACGAGUGAUAGAAAGUUGCGAUCCGGACGUGUUAUGUUUGCAAGAGGUGACGCUGCCGAUUCUUUUUGUUUUGCAAGGGCAAGCGUGGUUUGAGAAGUACAGUUUAUGCGCGCAACCGAGCGAGAUGGAGUUGCAGUGCGGGUAUUUUUGCGUCGUGAUGGUGAAGAAGAAAGAGACGGUGAGGAAGACGAGAAUCGAGAAGGACGGGAACAUCGCGAGAGACGACGAGAAGUGCGAAACGAGCACAGAACUGGGAGGCUUCGCACAAGGCUCGUGGAAAGCGCAUAAAUCGACGUUCGCGUCGUCAAUUAUGGGGAGGAACUUACAAUACGCGUACGAUUUGGGUUUUCCUCGGUUAUGCGUGGCAACGUCGCAUCUGGAAUCUUGGAUCAUGGAAAACCCUCAGUUAAUGGCGGAAAAACGGGAGCAACAGUUGAAACAAAGUUUAGAACAUUUAGGAGGCAGGUUUGAGGAUGUUAUUUUUAUAGGUGAUAUGAAUUGGAACGACUCAAAGGAUGGAUUGUGUCCGAUUGAACAGCCGUGGGAAGACGCGUGGUUGAAACUUCGACCGGAGUCAGACGGGUACAGCUACGACGCAAAAAGGAACACGAUGUUGCGUGGAAACUUGUACGCGCGGUUCGAUCGAGCGUUCGCAAAGUUGAAAAACUUCGAAUUGCAAUCGAUUCAAAUGGUGGGUACAAAUCCAGAGGUGAACGGACAAACGUAUGAGAAGCCGUACAUAGAAAAAGGUGAACAAAAGAAAAUCAAAGUCGAUGUAUUACCGAGCGACCAUUACGGGCUGCUGUUAAUUUUGAAAAAGAAGAGCUUGUUUGACGACGACGACGAUAACGGACGCGAUGGAAUUAUUGAUUUAACUUAG